CUUGGAAGCCUCUACCUACUACGUAUGAACUAGGAAGACCAACAGACUGCCCACCUAAGGCUUUCCAAGUCAGAGUUGCGAACGCCUAUUGUUAGCUAGCCGAACUGUGAUUUUCUCUCCCUUCAUUGCCAUCAUUAUUACUGAGGGGCUCAACAUCGAUUCGAUCCGAGGGACGGGCUGCUGCGUACUGCUGCGUACUGCUGCUGCUGAAACCCCGCAUAUUCAUUCACCCUCCCAUCAUCCUUUUCGCUGCUCUCAUCCAGACGACGUACCUACCAAAACUCGUUGGGCUUCCUCAUUGAUUGACCUGACUGGACCAACGACCGCCUUGGCCGCCCGCCCGCCUUCGCCUGCUGCUCUCGACUUCCAAGUUCCGCCAUCUUGUCUUAGAAGAGGGCGGUGGCGCUGCCUCUUGUCAUCUCGAUUCGCGACAAACAUUGGCCACCAGCACAGAAGAGAGCCACAGCAAAAGGACGAAACCAAGGGCUCUUAACGCGCCCCCGUCUUUCUACCUUACCUUCUUGGUGGUUUCUCCGCUCCGCCGUCAUCCGUUCUCUCCUUAUCACCUCUGCCCUUUUCUGUUACUACCAUCUUCCAAAGUUCCAACUCAUUUCCAGACUCCCCCCCCCCCCCCCAACCAACCAACCCCAGGCCCGUCCCCAACCCCAAGCUGUUAGGCGGACAGUGAUUACCUCAGGUCCAGGAUAACUGUGAGCCCAAGCUUGCUUGAUCGAGACUGAACCUGAGCCGGAGCCAGAAAAAGCCAGACUGCAACCGUCCAACCACCCCCCGGACGCACGACAUCCAUCCUCUUCGUCUGGACUGUGUCAAACAAUUCUAAAACAGGGCGGAUUAAUCUACCUAGCCUACCCCGACCCUUCUACUCCCCGCGCCCUGCUCGUCCCCUCGUCGCAACCGCAUAGCAUCCUCAGACAGCUCGGACGCCAGAAUUGGGUUUCACGUUCGAGAAGAGCUUCUCAAAUAACCAUAAUCGUGGUUCGGAAGAGCACAGCGCAUGAUACAGCCGUGAACGGCUCGAUCCCUUUCCACCGCAACAUCCCCUGCUUUAACGGACGACAACCACCGUCACACAGCAUCGCACUGUCAGUCCAAGUGGGAAACUGACCAUCGCGCAUCCAAUCUUCCCAGGUAAGCCCUUCAAGUCAUAUUGUCAGCUCCGGCUGGUCGGGUACGCCACGAAUCGAGACGUAUUUGUAAAGACAUGACCCCCCGCUAUAGCCUUGGUGUUUACCCCUUUCACAUGACGACAUGAAUUGCUGCGCUUCUUAAACCCUUUCUCUCUUCGUUGCAAUGGUUCUAGAACGACACAAUGACUGACCUAGGAAAUUUAGCAGCUUAUCGCUCUCCGCCGAACCAGUCAUCGUCUCCGGCACGCAAACAGUCUGUGGGCGAGCUUCACGAGAGGGCAGCGAUGGCUUCCUCGUUGUCGCCUGACCAGUACGGGAAGCAGCCGUCGCAGGGCCAGUAUGGUGGCGGCGGCUCUGGCUCCGACCAGGAGCGGGGGCCCCUGAGCUCCCUGAAUUUGGGCUUCCUCAAGUCCCUGACAGAAAAGAGAACGACGCGAGACGGCCAAACACCCAAAAGGAGAGGACCGAAACCCGACAGUAAACCUGCUCUCACUCGGCGACAAGAAUUGAACAGACAGGCACAACGUACGCAUCGUGAAAGAAAAGAGCUGUACAUCAAGGCCCUGGAAGAUGAGGUCCUUCGAUUGAAAGAAAUCUUCAGCAAUAUAUCGCAAGACAAGGAUAAGGUGGCCGAGGAGAACAGGCAACUCAAGCAGCUCCUGGUCCAGAACGGAAUCCCUCUUUCUCACUAUGGUGACGAUAUGGUCAGCAACCCUAGCGGAGGCUACACAUCGAGCGCCAGCCAGUCGGGCCACAGCUACGGCCAGAACGCCUACACGCCACCUUUGACGUCGACGACAGCGCCGUCGGUGUCGCCUUCGUCUCACGGUCCGUCUUACCCCCACGGUCUGCCCCCUCCCCUUCCCCAGAUGGGCAGCCAGCAACUGCAACAAAACAGACAAGGGCAGAGCUCUGGUAGAGGUGUGGACUUUGAGCAAGCGGGCAUUGACUUCGUCUUAACUCUCGAGAAACCCUGCAUGAAUCACAUGCCCUGGCUGUUGGAGAGAUCAAGCGAGAUGGGCGGCGAGCCCUGCGGACAUGCGCUGAUGGCCUCAUGCCCCCCGGCGCCCUUCCCGGAGCUUACACCUGACAUUCCGUUCGGGUACAGCAAUGUCAACGGAGACCUGGACUCCCAGCAAAGGACGUGGGAAGUGAGCAAAGGCAGCCUCUCGGCCCUGCUUGAUCUCAGCAAGAAGCUGAACCUCGAUGGGGAGGUCACACCGGUCAUGGCUUGGGGCAUGGUCUUGGGCCACCCCAGGGCCCACGAACUUCGUGCCGAGGAUUUCCAGAAGCUCACUGACGAGCUCAAGGACAAGGUCCGAUGCUACGGUUUUGGUGCCGUUAUGGAGGAAUUCGAGGUCCGGGACGCAUUGGAGAACGUCUUCUGCUCCGGACCGGAAAUGAUGAACUACGCUUACUAGGAGCGUCUGGCAUGAACUCGGGUAACGAGAUGGGGGCACCUCAUCAGGAGAUUCAGUGAAUCUCUGAAUGCAUGACUUGGUGUGAGAAGAGGCCCAAACUAGAAACAUUUGGAGCGUAUUCUGGGAAUCUUGGGGAUUACUUUUGAUACCACGGCCUUAAUGAUAUGUACAUUUUCCAAAGCCCUAAGAGAGAACAUCGUGAAAGCAUGGACUUUGUAUCAGGCUAUGAGAUGUAUUAAGCGACGACUUGUGUAUUGUGAGCAGAUAGGUAGGCGU